UCUAGACAGAUGGUGGAAUCGUCAAAAGUCUUACUUCACGGAAAAUACGUUCUCGGCGAUCUCCUAGGUCAAGGAGCUUUCGCCAAGGUCUACCAUGCCCGAAACGUGAAAACGCAAGAAAGCGUGGCGAUUAAGAUAAUAGACAAGGAAAAAAUCCUAAAACGCGGCUUAAUCUCCCACAUAAAACGCGAGAUCGCCAUCCUCCGCCGCGUCCGUCACCCAAACAUCGUCCGAUUAUUCGAAGUAAUGGCGACCAAAACAAAAAUCUACUUCGUAAUGGAAUACGUAAGAGGCGGCGAACUUUUCAACAAAGUAGCCAUGGGUCGAUUAAAAGAAGACAUCGCUCGUAAAUAUUUCCAACAGCUCAUCUCCGCCGUCGCGUUCUGCCAUAAUCGCGGCGUUUAUCACCGCGAUCUCAAACCUGAAAAUCUACUCCUAGACGAAAACGGCGAUCUUAAAGUAUCUGAUUUCGGACUCAGCUGCGUUUCAGACGGAACACAACAAGAUGGGUUAUUUCAUACGUUUUGUGGAACUCCGGCGUACGUAGCGCCGGAAGUUCUCGCCGGAAAAGGAUAUGAUGCAAGUAAAGCAGAUAUAUGGUCUUGUGGAGUUAUUCUGUUCGUACUCAUGGCUGGUUAUUUACCAUUCCGUGAUUUUAACUUAAUUUCAAUGUAUAGAAAGAUCUAUAAAGGCGAAUUCCGAUGCCCCAGAUGGUUUUCACCUCCGAUGACUCGAUUGCUUAAUAAAUUACUCCGAACAAAUCCCCAAACAAGAAUCACAAUACCCGAAAUCAUGAAAAAUAAAUGGUUUAAAAAAGGGUUCAAACACGUUAAGUUCUACAUUGACGGCGAUAAAAUGUGCAGCGUGGAGGAAGAAGACGAUGAAAACGACCCCGGGUCAGAUUCCAACACCGACAAUGAAACCGAGGAGGUUGUCGUUAUAAAAAAGAAACCCCGUUUGAUCCCCCGUUUGAUCGGAAACUUACCAAGACCGAUGAGUUUAAACGCGUUUGACAUAAUAUCAUUCUCAUCUAGCUUUGAUUUGUCUGGUUUAUUCGAAGACGGCGGUGGUGAAGGAGAACGGUUUGUUUCAGGGGCGCCGGUGACUAAGAUUAUAUCGAAAUUGGAAGAGAUAGCUAAAGUUGUGAGCUUUGGAGUGAGGAAGAAUGAGAAAGAUUGUAAAGUGUGUUUUGAAGGUUCUAGAAAGAUUGGGGUUAAAGGGUCGCCGUUGAGGAUUGCGGCGGAGAUAUUUGAGUUAACGCCGGAGUUGAGAAUGGUGGAGGUGAAGAAGAAAGGAGGUGAUAAAGGAGAAUAUAAAGAGUUUUAUCAAAGAAAAUUGAAACCUGGUUUAUUGACACUUAAUAGUUCUAAACAAGAAUCUGAUCAAUUUAAACUUUUGAAUUUGAAUGUUGAUGAUUCACGUUUGCCUUCUGAUACUGAAUAA